AUGUCACCAGCUGCGUCCCGCCGACGGACAUUAGAGGCCGCUGAGACCCACCUAACAUCUCAACCUUCGAUUUCUCGCAAGGUGAAGGCGUGCGCGGCUUGUCGAAAACAGAAGAUCAAAUGCAUCAUGGACGAGAGCGGACCACCGUGUAAAAGGUGCACUGAACGAAAUCUGUCCUGUGUUUUGAACAAGAGUCUUCAGACUCUCAUUGAUGAGCGAUUCCAGUGGAAAACGGUUGUAGGGACCGACUUGGAGCAGAUCCACUCAGCCCUCCAAGAAGUUCUCAACCGGUUGUCGCUCCCGCCCAUUCCUCGAUUACAAACACUUAAUCAGGACAAUCACGCGCUCUCACCUCCUGACGAGGUCCUUGACCGUGAAGACCAUGGACCUUCUUGCGACAAUUCUCCAAGAGUCUCGCCGCGAGAUGAUGCCCUACCGCACGUACCCAUUGAAUCGCUGUACCAGAUUACCAGACUCCGCGCACUUCGCUCAGACAACCCGACUGAGACUCCUGAACUUCCGCAAUCCAAUGGUGUCAGCCACGUGAUCAAUGACUUCAUUUCCAAUGGUCAGCUAGGCGUAGAGGACGCCGAGCGUCUAUUUCAUCUCUAUCAGAACCGUCUCGACCAUUUUAUGUACGGAAUCGGGGGCAAAUACAGGGACCUCGAGAGCCUCCGGAGAGGUUCUGCAAUCUUAACAGCUUGUAUCUGCACAGUCGCGGCUCUCCAUGAUCCAGGAAGUAACCACCUCUACGGAACCUGCAAUCGUGAAUUCCAACGUCUCAUAGCCGCCUCAAUGUUUGACCGACGAAUAGAUCGCGAUCAACUCAGAGCAAUGUGCAUCGGAUCAUACUGGCUGAGCGACAUUUCCUGGACUCUUUCUGGUUACGCAAUACGACGAGCUACGGAAGUCAGCCUAAACGCAAACUACCACCGGGUCGUAGCAGAAGACAGCGAGGAAGCAGCUGACUGCCUCCGGAUAUGGUAUAUUCUCUACAUAUGCGACCAUCACUUAUCGAUACUCUACGGGAGAUCAUCCAUCGUACGCGAAGAUUUCGCCAUUGAGGGGUGGGACGCCUUCCUGAAAUCAUCAGUGGCGAACGAGAGCGACAAACGCAUGAUCAGUCAGCUAGCGCUCUUAAUUAUCCUAAGCAAUGUGCGGGAAUUGUUUGGCCCAGACACUGGCGAGCCCGUUCCAUGUGCCUUUGCCACGCAGCUUGCCAAUUUUAGUCGUCAGAUCGACCAGUGGAUGGGGACUUGGUCCACUAAUCUUCAACGACAACAUGACUACAUCGGAGAGUUUCCCACCAAAGGGGUCGUGCUACAUCAUCAUUUUGCGAAGCUGCAUCUGCACUCUCACAUUUUCAGAGGAUUGAAGAACUCUCCAGUACCCAGCUAUUUCCACGAUUCCGCUGUUGCCGCAGUUUCUGCCGCGACUUCUAUCGUCGAAUUGCUUCUCACGGACCGUGACCUCCAAGACUCCCUAGUGGGAAUUCCCCACUAUUUACAUACCAUGACCGCUUUCGCCUGCGUUUUCCUUCUCAAAGUUGCGGCCCAACAUAGUGGACAAUAUAUCGAAGAUGCAAUAGUCUUCGACCUCACCGCCAAGCUGGUCCAGCAGUUUCGAUCCACGGCAGUAGGAAAAUGGCAUUUGGUUCAUCUCAUGGCAGAUGGCCUCGAAAAUCUGGCUGCCAAAGAGCACCAGAAGAGUCCAGCAGCUUAUCCGAAUAUGCUUCUAGCGAAUGGCAACAGCCAUACCACUAUGCCAUACAUGAAUGGUGCUGGUCAUCCUUCAAUGAAUGGUACGCAGCAUGGAGAGGACUCAAUUUAUGGUCCCAUGGCUACCAACGGCUUCCAAGACGGAGAGAUCGAUUUUGCAGCAACGCCGUUCCUACACUUCGACUCCGCAGGCUUUGAAUUCAACUAUGCUGGAUUCGGGAUUCUAUGAUAUAUUCUAUAAUACAAACACAACCAUCUAUAAAAGCAAUACCAAUGUCUACGCCGCAAGACUCCGAGCAAAAUUCUCUACUUCUUCCUUGAGCGUAAUAUCCUCCACCAUACCCAGCUUCUUCUCAAGACUUGUAUCAGAUCGUGCAGGCCAACUCCUCACAAUCGCCUCAACUUUUACGUCUCGCUUCUCUUCAAUCAACGCCGUCUUCUCCUUUCCCCCACCGCCUCCAACGCCUCCAAAAUCUGCCCCACCAUCACCGUCUGACCCGGCAGAUUCACCGUCCUUCCCCGAUUCACCCCAAACGCCUCCUUCGGCACAUCCUUCAUCGC